AUGCGCAUGCAGCCAGAAGGCACCGGUAACCGUCACCAAUACCACCACCACCACCACAACGCCCAUCAGCAGUGCCACGGUUCCUCAAACAGCAUAGUCUUGUUGGCAGAUUGCCAGCACAUGCUGGUGUACGAUGGGCCACCACUCGCCCGUGAGACGCUCGAGCGUGCAAUCGUGUUCUUGUGGGACUGGCACGUGGCAUCGUUUGCUCCGCGGAAGUCAGAGCAGCUGCAUGUUCUGGGCGGAUGCAUCAUGAAAAGCACAACGCCAGCGCCUGUGACUCAGGAGCUGGCCAUCUACACCGGCAGUGUUGGUGCUGUGCACGACGAUCUUCGCCCUUACUGCAUCGUCCGCAUUCACUCCGUGUCGUCAACAUCACGCCUGUCCUCCUCCUCCUCCUCCUACUCCUCCUCGCAAGAGGCGCGCGUCUCAUGGCGAACGGACACUGGCAUUGUUAAGCACGCCCUCGUUCCUCUCCAACACCUCUGGCCAUACACCAGCGUGUACCGCCGGCCAAAGCGGCGUCCCCUCUCCUACGAUGCAGUCAUUGCUCUCCUGCAGCACUGCACCAUUGCGCAGUGCGAGGAUCACGUGCGGCUGCUGCUGGCUGGCGCGGCAGUUGUUGGCGAGCGGAGCGUCGCCCACCGUGUUGUGCGCUGUGGUCAUGCCCUUGACGCAACACCCCUCCCCAUCUCCGUCGCAGCCUCCGCUCCACGCGAUUCACACCUGCUGGUGGUGGAUCGGGGCCACCCCAUGUUGUACCAUGAGGACAGCGGAGCGCUCAUUGCUCAGGACGGGAGUGUGCUGGAGGAAGGCAGGCCUGGCCGACUCGUGCCGCUGCGAGGGUGGCCAAUCCCAGCCGCAUUCAUACGUGUGCCACUGGCUUUAUCGUCAGGCAGCAGCAUUGAUGUCUGCGGCGGAACCACUGCUGUCAUUCGAGAGCUCACACGCAUCCACGGCUGGUGUGUUGUCGACGCUCCCGAUCUGAGCACUGUGCUGGACGGCCUUUGCAGUGAGACAACACGCAAGCACACAACGCGCGGUCACUCGGGCAGUGGCCACGAUAGCGCCAGCGGUGGGACUAGCGAGCUUGUUGUCGAGGAUACAGCAGACGCGGAUGCUGGUGCGAACAGCAGCAGCAGCAGCGGGAAUCAGCGAAAGCCAUCAGCGUUUGAGAGGCUCAUGGCCAACGGUGAUAUUGGUGGGGCCGCACGUGUGAUGCGAACGGCAGCAGUCGUGCAGUGCAUUGCUCGCGCCCUCUUCACCGCUGUCGUUGAAGGCCUUGACACCAUCGUCCCCGCCACCAAACACGACAUUCAAACAGCAGCAGCAGCGGCAGCAAGAUCAACUGCACGGAGGAGUGAAGAGGACUCGUCGCUCGACAGCGGGCAAACUGCCGCCCCUCCAUCCCACACCCCCUCCUCCCCUUGCACAUCGCCAUACUCACCCUCACCAUCGACCUCCACUCCUCCCUCUUCUUCUACCUCAUUGACACGUUCUACCAGCCCUGCCAGUGGAGAGGCGUGGUUGCCGCCAGUGUUGCUGAAGUUGCACCACCGCGCUCGCCACCACGUGGUUGUGCUCAUGCCACAGCCGUGGCCGCGGGCUGCGUAUCGCGCGAGGACUCUUGCUCUUCCAAUCGACGGUGCGCCCAUCCACCAGCACGUGCUGACGCGUGUGCAGGCGCUGCGACCGUUCUCGCUCAAGCAACUUCGCCGACUUCGGCGCCGACUGGCAACGCUGUGCGAGUCACCGGUGCACACACACGCAGAGGCGGCGCCACUGCCACCAGAGGUGCAGAUGUUGCUGGCGCGCACGGGCCUGUCCGCAGCAAGCAUGCAACACGCAAACGACGACGCCAGUGAUAGUGACGACGAUGGCGACGAUGACGACGAUGGUGGUGAUGAUGAUCAUAACGAUGAUGAAGAACAAGAAUGUGCUGAGAAUGUUGAUGAUGGUAGCGGUGGUGGUGGUGGUGGUGGUGGUGGUGGUGGCGAUAACAACGACAACAGCACCCGUCCUGGGCACGAAGACACUGCAGCCGAUGGUGAGCAGAGCACGUUGCGAGACGUGACCAGGAUAGCCGCGCGGGAAGCUAGGGUGCACAUGCGUAAGCUCAGGCGAAAAUGGUUGCGAGACACGGGCUGUGGUGACAUGACCACAUAUUGUGCAGACACCGCAUCUCACAGCGCCACCAACGACAGUGAUGUCUCCUCCCUCCACCAUGGCGACGACGACGACGACGACGACGAUGAUGAUGAUUGGGACCUGCCAUGCACGCUGCCCAACAUGGUGUGGACGCGCAUGACUGGGCCUGAGGUGACGCGAGCGAAUGUCUAUGCACCACGGCACGUACGCGCACAGCAGCUCUCCUUUACACAGGACCAGACGCUGGCGACCGCAGAUGGCGUUCGCCUUGCUUACCGUCACGCAUCCGCGGGUAGCAUCGCCAGUGACGGCGAGCCCGUGUCGCGGCUGACGUGGGUGUACACCCGGAUUGCAACAGCGGACGAUGACAGCAUCACGCCAGCACACAUGGUGCAGGGCAAGUGGCGAGUGGUUGCGCAGGUGCCGUCUGCACGAAUGCCCAUCACAGCCAUCACCAUCGAGUGCGACGCUGUUGGACGCAUCUCUGGCUGGGCGACCUUGUUUCAGCAGCAGACGCAGCAGCAGCACAGAGGAAGCACUGGGCAAGCACCCACAGCAAACACCGCACUUCCGCCAAGCACACAUGCGGGCUCUGAACAGCACGGCAAUGGUGGUGGUGGUGGUGGUGGUGGCAAUGCACAACACCAACACUUAGGCGUAUCAUCACGGGAACGGCUGCUGGUGUGUCGCGGGCGGCGUGUGGGUGAUUUGCUGCUGCUGCUCUUAGAGCACACGUACACCAACGCGGCAGUUGCAGGCCUUGCGCUUCGCUUCCACCCUGAAGGGUACCUUCAAGGGACAUUCACGCGCGGAUCGAUGAUGGAGCCCUUGCUGCUGCGCGCUGCCAAGUCCAUGACCCUCUGUGAAACUGUGCUGGGCUCGCCCUUUGCGUUUGGCGCCAAGAUGUGGCGCGCAAUUCUUGCGGCAGAGAUGGCAAAGGCUCCAACAUCUCCGCUAGAGGAUGUAGGAGCAACUGGCGAUCGUGAACGCGGGGAUGCGAACGUGGCGCUGAGCCAGCCGCACCAGCGCCAAGUGGGCCAACGGCAACAAGCAGACCAGGGGCAGCACAUAGACCAGAAGUCCGCGGAGACGGGCGCUACGAGUCUGCAGCCGGCGUGGCCGCAGCAGCUCGCCAACGCGCUGUUGCUCGUGCACGUCCUACUUCAGCGUUCGGAGAUGCAUCCCAUCUUGACGUACGUGCGCACGUGGCUGUCGCGCCGGCCGCUCGCACCGAGCAACUUUGCACAGUUCCUGCUGCGGUCACCAGCACCCUCCACGGCAACGAAAAACGGCAACGCCACAGCAGCGACAGCAGCAGAUGGCACUCCGGCGCUCAAUUGGGCAGACGCCCUCUUGCCACCAGUAUCAGCAGCACAGGAGAAUGAUGACGCAAUCUACCGUGAGAGCCCGAACGAUCGCGGUGGCGGUGGCAGCAGAAGCAACAGUCAUGGUGAUGACACCAGCCUUGCUGUGGUUUGCUCUCUGGACCAGGUGCCGACACUGCUUGCAUGCACGCAUGGGGACCUGGACGAAGUGAUUGCCGUCGCCGCGACCGCCUGUCCCUGGCUGCUAGCCUCCCUGCUGACCAACCCCAGCGCAGACGUGCAGCUCGCCGUGGCCGAGGCCAUGUGCGGCGUCGCCCUUGCGCUGCCUCGGGUGGCGAGUGCACACCUCGACAGGUCAGCCGCUGCACCUUCAUCGUCGCAAGCCCAGCAGACGAACUGGCCGUCAUUCAGCGCAUCCACGGAGCCACAGGCCAACAGCGCAGGACACCACCGCAUUGAGGCACAGAUUGCUCUGCCCAUCUUGUCUGUGAGUGCGUUUGCGUCGUCGUCGUCGUGGCUGUCAUCGCAGCAAAUGCCAGCAGCAGGCACACCGCGCGGCCCGCCAGCACCAACAGCCACUACCGCAACAACGGCCCAGCUCUCGUCAGCGCUACCUGCGUCGCCGGAAGUGGCGUGUGCGCGGGUGACACGCGAGACUCGCCCCUGUCGUGACUGGACGGAGGGCCUGCGUCGCGCACACGACACCGUUCGAGCGACAUACAGCCAGCUGGUGCGGUUCGGCGGGCAAACACCUCUGCUGGCGGCAGCCGCCGCCACGGCCACGCAGUUGCUGCAGCACGUACUGCUUGGGCUGCCGUUCCCAGCAGCGCUGCGAGUGCCCGCAAACGCGAGCCGCCGCCGCCUCACAUUUGAGGACGCCGCGCUGUCGUCGUGGAUCCGGUUUGCUCUCCACGCUGGUGACGGCCCGCUGGAUGGCGGCACGAGCGGGCCCCAGGACUGGGCAAUGCACUCCCCUUAUUCGCACGAAGGGGCGAUGGGCGUGAGCGAGCACACCGCCAGCAACGGCAGCGCUGACGGCGCUGGCACAGAACCGUUGGUGGCGCUCGCAGCGGCUGCACACGACAUCAUCACGUGCACACUGCUGGCACUGCUUGAGCCCGACCCACAGGUGCAGCUGACGCCACAGGUGGCAGCUACACCACGAGUGCCCUCUGCUUUCUUGUCCUCGACACGUGUUGCAGCGGCUGCGCGCAACGCGCCUGCUGCAACACCGCCCCUGACUUGGGAUGACGAUGACAGGAUGACCCUGUCGUUCGCGGCCUCUGCGGUUCGUGACCAGGCGAGUGGUGCGUGGGUGGUUCGUCCCCACUGCAUGGCGCCCUCGCGCGCUCAUGCAAUUGCCUUUGUACAGAUGCUUCGCCCGGCACUGUGCGAUGUGGCAGAGUGGCUGGCCAGCGGCCUCAACGUGCUUGAGCGCUAUCUUGAUGCCGGCCGCCACGUGGAUGCGCGGGCGCGUGAGUUUUCACACCUCGUUCGCGGUCACGCGGCCGGUAGCCGUGCGGGUGCAGCUACUGCUGGUGCUGCUGGUGCUGCUGGUGCUGCUGCUUUUGCUGGUGGCGAUGGUGGUGGUACUGACGGCAUUGCUGCAGGGGAUGUGAGCCGGCACAUGGAUGGGAUCAGUCGGGUGGUGCCGGCCGGGUGGCGCGGGUGUGGCGGCGCAUCGUCCACUUCGCUUCUCUCCGUCGCCCGCACGGGCCGUUCGCGCGGGUGCUCGCUUCCCUCGGUGUCUGUGCAUGCAUAUGCUAGUCACGGGUGUGUGCUCGACAUGCUAAUGGCGCUGGCGUGCAUGCACGCGCUGCACCCUGCACUGCUGCGGGAAGCGCUGCUGCUGCCGUCGCCGUCCCUCAACAGACCCGACGCCCUCACGGCAAACCACGGCGGUGGCCGACAGGCAAGUGCUAGUAUUGGUGGCCGGGAGCGCCAACCAUCUAGUUUACCAGCAGGGCCAGCCUCAGCGCGGCAGGCCUCAGCAUGGCAGCUCACGCAAGAUCCGUAUCUGGCCUUGCCACUCGCGGACACCAUCCCGGUUGCAUCGUCGCCGCAGCGGCUGUCAUCUGGCGGGUUUGAUGCGCUGUUUCGGGUGCAUUCGUCUGCAGAACCGUCGUUUGCGCUCAGCGCACGCAUGUUGCUGACGCCGGAGGCGUACAGCCGCGUUGCCGAGCACUGCCCAAAUGCGCUGCUCACCAUCGCCAACGGCCAGUACGCACACCUUCGCUCGCGCGGGCACCACCACCUCGCCGCUGCGGCGCGCCUGUCCACGCGAACGGCAAGUUUGCUCGCCGCCCUCAGGCGGGAACAGCGGUACCUGCAGCCGCUCCACGUUGAUCGCACGCGCGUGCUCUCACAGACAAUGCAUGCGCUGCGCGGCGUUGGUCGGACGGGCGCGGUUGAAGUUCGUUUCCAGGGCGAGGAGGGCGCCGGAGACGGUGUCCUGCGAGCGUGGGCUGGCCUCGUUUCCCGCUUGCUGGUUGAGCCCGUGUCGCUGACCUCACUCGCCUCCCCAAUCUCGACAUCCAGCGUGCAUCUGGCGUGUCUUGCCUACCGUAAUCUGUUCCACACGACACCGUCGGGCUCCUUCCAUGUGCCCAACUGGGGCCACGGCGCGCACCGCACCUCAGCCGUGGCCGGCCCAGCCCUUGCUGUGCUGCUGGGCGGCACUGGCGAGGACAGCUUCGGUGGCAGUCGUCAGGAGGGGAGCGCCCGCAGCCGCGCCAACACGCGUGCAGCACACAGGCAGCAGCAGUGCGCGGGCGACACGCCGUUGGAUGAGGGCAGCGACGUGGACGGGGACGAUGUGCAGGCGGCCCUGCUGCUGCGGUACGAGGACAUUGGGCGGUUUAUUGGGCUGUGCAUCAAGCAGCGACAAGUCAUCACGCUUCGCCUAGCCCGACACGUGUGGAAGCUCAUUUUGCAGCGGCCCUUGCGAUGGCACGACGUGGCCUUUCUGGACCGCGACCGCUACGUCGGCCUGUGCGAGCUCUUGCGGAAGGCAGAGCAUGGCAGCGGCGACGGCAAUGACGGUGUUGGAGAGGACGAGGUUGCGCUUUAUGGAUUGACGUUCGCGUACACGUGGGCAACGGGCGUGUCAAGGGCGCAUGUUGAGUUGGUUGAGGGCGGGGACGACACUGACGUGAGCAGCGCCGUGGCAUUUGAGUACAUGCGGCACUUUACGCUUGAUGUGCUGAGCGCGUGUGCAGGAGCGUGUGCGGCCAUGCGCCGCGGGCUCCUCAGCACGCUGGACGAGCAGGUGUUUGCCACCAUGAGCGUGGAGGACAUCUGGAUGGCGCUGAAUGGGGGCGGAGCAACAACGGUGACGCUGGAGGAUGUGCUGGCUCACAUGGCCAUCGUUGAUCGCAGAACUGACAGCGAUGACAUUGGCGCGCGCCCGCUUGCCCGAUUCCGCGACAUGCUCGUGGAAUGUCUUGCUGACAUGACGCAAGGGGAGCUUGGCGAGUUUGUGUGCUUUGUCACGGGAUCGCCGCAGCUGCUUGCAGGCAAUGAAGAGGGGCGGGGUGAUGGCGGCGCCGCUGGAGCCCGCCCGACGUUGGCCGUUCAUGUUCAGAACGCAAGUGAUCGGCUGCCGCAGGCACAGAACUGCUUCUCGCAAUUGUUCCUGCCGUUCUACGAAGAGGUGGACGUGCUGGCAUCGAAACUGCGGCUAGCCAUGCAGACACAGGAGUUUGGCUUGGCUUGAGCAAGCAGUUGUGUGCUUACGUGCGUGUGUGUUUAUGUGAUUGCGUGUGUGCGUGUGUGUGCUUGUGUGUGUGUGUGUGUGUUCUUGUGUGUGUGUGUGUGUAUGUGUGUGUGUGUGGUGUGUGUGUGUGUGUGUGUGUGUGUGUGUGUGUGUGUGUGUGUGUGUGUGUGUCUGGCCAGGAUAACAAUAUGGCAACAGAAUAAACGAACAUCCCUU